UCUCAUCUCUCGGUAGAAAUGAUUCCAUUUUCCAAAACACAGCCAAACAAGCAAGGCCAUAGUCUAUCUAUUCUUGCCAAAGACAUUACUCAACUAACCCAUUAGAAGCUCCAAAUGGAAUUUCUCCCCAUUCGAAAAGCCCGAAAUUUGAUAAGAAGAAAGAUAAUUUGGAUAGCAACAGCAGCAGCGAUAAUACUAGUGACCGCAAUCUGUGUGAGCAACCCGCAAUACGCCUCUCCGCCACCAAAAAGCCCAUCAAUGGCGCCUCCGGCACAAGAAGCCUGCGAUAUCUUCAGCGGGGAUUGGAUCCCCGACCCGGAGGCUCCGUACUACACAAACAAGACAUGCUGGGCUAUCCAUGACCACCAGAACUGCAUGAAAUACGGACGCCCCGAUUCUGACUUCAUCAAGUGGCGGUGGAAGCCCGACGGCUGCGAAUUGCCAUUGUUCAACCCCUAUCAGUUCCUCGAUAUCGUCCGGGGCAAGUCCUUGGCCUUCGUCGGAGAUUCUGUUGCGAGGAACCAGAUGCAGUCCAUCAUCUGCCUCUUGUCUCGGGUUGAGUACCCGAUCGACAUGUCCCCUCCGACGACCGACAAGCACUGGAAGUACGUGAACUACAACUUCACAAUGUCAUAUUUCUGGUCCCCGUUCCUCGUCCGCUCCGGCGUGAGAGACGACGUCGGGCCGACCAACAUAGGCCUCUUCAACCUCUACCUCGACGAGUUGGACGAGUCGUGGACCGAUCAAAUCCACGGCUUCGACUACCUCAUCAUCAACGCCGGCCACUGGUUCAACCGCAACACCGUCUACUACGAAAGCCGCCGCGUCGUCGGCUGCCGCUACUGCCUGCUCCCAAACAUCACCGACCUCCCAGCAACCUACGCCUACCGCCGGGCCUUCCGGACGGCCUUCCGCGCCCUCGAGAAUUUCGCUGGCGUGACGCUCAUGCGGACGUUCGCGCCAGCGCAUUUCGAAGGUGGGGAGUGGAACGCCGGAGGCGACUGUGUGCGGCGACGGCCGCUGUGGAGCAACGGGACGGUGCUGGACGGGCAAACGUUGGAUAUGCAUGCGGCCCAAUUGGAGGAGUUUAGGGCCGCGAUGGGGAGAGGGAAUAGGGGGGUGAGAGUGAUGGAUGUGACCAAAAUGAUGUUGUUGAGGCCCGAUGGCCACCCGAGUAGGUACGGGCAUUGGGCCCAAGAGAAGGUGGUGUUGUACAAUGACUGUGUGCAUUGGUGCUUGCCCGGCCCGAUUGAUUCAUGGGCCGAUAUUUUGCUUCAUUUGUUGAACAUGGAGGCCCGGAGAUAGUAUGAAGAGAAUGACAAAAUGCGGCCAUUAUCUCAUUUUUUUUCCUGACAUUUUGUGCAUCGAUGAGAUAAUACAUCGGUAAACGCCUUUUCCGAUGGAUAUUUGAGGUGAGGUUCACUGAUGAAAAAAUAUGUUAGUAAAGCCUAAUUUCUUUA